AUACCAAUUGCAAGCAAUAUUUGUAGAAAAAUGUUAUAUAACACGUAUCCUUAAACCCAUUUCUCGAAAUCUUGCUAGGGUUUAAAGACAGUAGAGAAAGUGACUGAAUAUUGUUCAACAGAGAAGAAAUCGAAGGUUACAGUAAUGGCUUUCUUUGGUAGAGUUGGGAAUAUGCUAAGGAAUGCAACAAAUAGGAAGAUCACUUCCGAGUUUCGUUCAUUUCCAUCUGUUUUCCAAGCCAUACGGUGCUUUUCGAGUUCUGCGUCUGCAAAGCUGUUUGUAGGAGGUGUUUCAUAUUCUACUGAUGAACAAAGUUUGAGGGAAGUGUUUUCAAAAUAUGGCGAAGUUGUUGACGUAAGGAUAAUUAUGGAUCGCGAAACUGGUAGGUCCAAAGGAUUUGGCUUUGUUACUUACAGUACAGUUGAGGAGGCAUCAAGUGCUAUUCAGGCCUUGGAUGGACAGGAUCUGCAUGGUCGCCGGGUUGGUGUUAAUUUUGCCAAUGAAAGACCCCGUGGAUUUGGUGGUGGUGGUGGUGGUUUUGAUGGAUCUUAUGGAAACACUUCUUAUGGUGGUGGAGGUGGUGGUGGAUAUCAAGGUGGUUAUGGUAACUCUUCAUACAGUGCUCCUUCAAGCGGUGGUGGUGGCUAUGGUGAUGCUGAUGGCUAUGGUGGCAAUGCUGCUGGAGGUUAUAGUGGAAGCGGUUAUGGAUCAGCUAGCAAUUUUGGGGGCAGCAGCGCUAGCAAUAACUACAAUGCUUAUAGCAACAAUGCGACUGUAGGAGGUGGUGAAAUCAAUACUCCUAACUAUGGUAGUGCUCCUGCUGUUGGUGGUUAUGGUGGUAACAAUGUGAAUCACGGUGCUACUGAUGCUGUUAACUAUGGUAGUGCUCCUGCUGUUGGUGGUUAUGGUGGUGAUAACAAUGCAAAUUAUGGUGCUCCUGUGGUUGGUGGAGAAAGCAAUUCUGUUAACUAUGGUACUGCUCCUGUUGAUAGUGGUUAUGGCACUGCUGCUGGGUUUGGCAAGAGUGAUAAUUAUUAUAGUACUGCUGGUGGUGGUCCAAGCAAUGGUUUUGCCAGUAGUCAAUACCCGGGAAAUGCCACAGCGUAUGGCAGCGGAGGUUCAGGUACUGGUAGCAGCUUUGCUGGUGGAUAUGAUCAAAGUGGAGGGGUUGGAUACAACGAAAAUGGCCAAGUUGAU